AUGUUGAAAAAUGCUGAAAAGUGCAGGGAAGUUUCAUAUGUGCUCUCCACGGUGGAGCUGCUGGCAGCUGGCACCACGGAUGGUGUGGCGGAUAGCGAUGUGGACUUCGAGUUGGGACGGCUAGGCUGGGUCGAUGAUUCGGAUCCUUUGGACUUUGCCGUUUUUGCAUUUUAUGCUGCCACCUCCAGAUUAGCUCCAUAUUCCACCAGGGCCAAGGCAAGUGCCUGA